UACCAGUCGUCUCCCUUUUAAUGAUACUUACAGCUGGACCUGAAUGUGAAUAUCGACGUGCGGUUGCCAAGCCUAACCCGCCUCUGUCUGUUUCUCGUAAACAUUCGCGGCGUGAGCACGUUACAUGGAAAAGCUACCAGCAACGUUCACUGUAUAGAGACGAAGCAGCUUCUGUUGGGAAUAUAUUAGACUUUGAACACGAUGGAUUUACACAUCAAACAGGAGAGAAAAGAUCCUGAGUUCGUAUCCGAGUACAGUCAACUAAAUCCAAACUGGAAGGUAUAUGGAUCGUGGAUACAGACGCAAUCCCCGAGGCAUAAAGAGGAACUCACAAAUGAAGAGAUCAAGUCAUGUGAACUUCUUAUCCCGAUGAGGAACGAGACAUCUCACAUCAGUAAUUCAUUUUUAUAUGACACUUCCAUCAUACGGGCACAACGCGAGUUUGUGCCCAUGGACAAAAAGGACACGGCCUAUUGGUCGAAGAGGCUGAAGAACAACGAAUCAGCUCGACGGUCGAGGCUGAAGAAGAGAGCCAUAGAGAAAACAAUGGAGGCAAAGUACAAGGAGCUGCAGCGUGAAAAUAUUGAGCUGAAACAUGAGCUGGCAGCCCUUAAACGCCAUUUUGGAGAAAAGUUAAAUCGGAAAGAAAUAGCUGGUGAUGUGUUUUCAGAGCCUCGUUUUGACAUGGCCGUGAGACAAGGAAGCGCUUCCGAUUUAUCGGAGACAUCGAGCGUGACCUCGGAAGGAGAAGUGUACCAUGGGUCGUAUGAACCGGAUGUUGUUGCGGCAUCGCCGCUGAAGGUUCUGACGUCAUCGAAGCCAGUGACAUUACCCCAUCAACAUGGGUUCAACAUGACACCAGUCCCGUUCAGAUAUUCGUUCAUGAACUAUCCAGUGAUUGCGAAGGAUCGUUCUGAGUACCUACCCUCCAUGGCCAUCGAUCAGGAUGCAGAACCUCUUACAAAAGUUCCCCAUAAAUUCCGACUGAAAAAUGACUUUCAUUCAGCAUUUUAUGUUCAUCCUGACGAGAACAACCAAUAACAGUUUCAUAUCAAACAUUUCAACUCUCCCUGGUUGUAAAUUAUAUUAAUAAAACUAUUAUAUCUGGA